AUGUUGAGGGAACUGAAGGUGUCCUGCACGCCUAAAGGCUGCAUUAAUGCGAAGAGCCCAGCGCUGAGCCGCUUCCAGCCUGCUGGAGACCCCUCCUCACUGCCCGCAGGCAGCGGGAUGAUGGGCUGGAUCAACCGGGUGGUUCCCCAGCCCCCGGUGCCCCCGGUGACGGAGGAGAGCCCGCGGGCCCCAGCACAGGAGCCGGAGCCAGUUAAGGCACCAGCAGGAAAAGCCAGUGGCCCCACGGAUGUUGCUGACCAGGCACGCACUGAGGAACUAGUAAAGAAAGUAGAAUUUGUGAUCCCUGAGGACACAGGUUCUAUGUUUGAGAGCAUGGGGAGCAGUGUGCGCUUCUGGCUCUCCUAUGGGAUAAGGAGGGUGAUUCCCCAGCCAGUUCCACCCCCAGGGACACUGCAGGUGCUCGGGAAGAGCUUUGAGACAAGCAUUGAUGUUCCUGAUGAGACAGAGGUCCAGGUCCUUCCAGAGGAGGACGACGGUCUUGACAUAAUCCCCUUCGAUCCAGAGGAGGACGGCUUCGAGGAUGACUUGGACGCCCCCAGAGAGGAGUGGGUAGGAAAGCGGGUGCUCAGCUGGCUGUCACAGGGCUUUGAGAGGAUUGUGCCGCAGCCGGAGGGGAUGAAAAAGCUGGAGACAGAGCAGAAGGAUCAGAAGUGCGAAGCCACAGUGGAAGGCACAAAAAGGACUGAAACGACGGCAAAGCCAAAACCCCGCCUUUCAGCUGCCCUGAGCACCUCAGUGGCAGAGACACCAGCAGCUGCCACGGGGCAGCCAGAGCCAGUGACCACCCUCACCACUCAGUCUGUGGCUCUGGAUGGCCUCAGGAUGUUCAUCUGGUUUGUCCAGAAGCUGGAGACAGUGCUGCCACAGCCAGUGACCAGGGGGAAGCAGGACACACAGGGAGUGGCCUCAGCAACCUUGAGUCCCGUGGAACAAAUUCAUAUACCCCCUGGGGAACCCGAGGAGACCCACCUCAUCCUGGAAGAGAUCACUGAUGACCAGGUUAAUGAAGACACAUGUGAGAUGAUGGCCUGGAGUCACAAGGCUGAGCCAGAGGCAGAUGCUCGUUCCCUUCCCCCCAUACAGGAGGAACCUCAGGAAGAAGAAGAAAACAGACUGUGGUUGAGCUCCCCAAGCACUACCAAGGAGGAAAAGGAGGAGGAAAAAGAGGAAAAGAGGAAAGAGGAGGAGGAGGAGAGUGCAGAGUCCCUGCUCUCUUCUCUCCCAACUACCAAUGGUGUGGAUGAAUCCUACAUUGCCGAGGAGGCCCUCAAGUUUGAGCAGCAGGCAGUAGCUGAGAUAAGUAACCUCGAAGGUGCUCUUGUACAGGUGGAAGAGAAGACAGCUGAAGCUGCUGAAACCAAUGCUGAAGGUAUAACAUGUAGCAGUAUAACACCAAAUGGGGAUGAAUCAAAGCAGGCUCCUAGCAGCAUGGCCAGGCGGGCCCGGGACGUCGAGCUAGACCAGCUGGUGCAUGACAAGCCGCUCGAUGGCGGGGAGCCCUCCCCUGCCAGCCGCGGGGCCCUAGAGCUGCUCCCCAAUGUCCCCAGCUACCGAGCCGCCGCCUCCCGCGCCCCCGUCCCUGCCGCCAGCAGGCCAAAGGCCGGAGUUGUCAACCCCAAUUUUUGCCAUGAGGAGCAAUCCCCUCUAGGUAAUUACCCCACCGUGGAGAUCAAGGAUGUGGACAGCCGAGGCGAUGCUGCAGAGAACGAUGGUACCCACUUGCCGGUGCCCGCUGCCAGCGCUCCCAACAGGCUGGCGGUGCCCGGCGCAGCAUCCCCCAGGAGGAGGCGACUGGUCCCAGAGGAUGGUCUGGAUGAGGGACUGGUGAGCUGGGACGAGGAGCAGAGGGAAAGCCUGCCCGAGCGCAUCGGCUCGGCCACGAGCCUGAGCAGUGCCAUCAUCAACACCCGGCUCCAGGAACUGGUGAAGCUCUUCAAAGAGAGGACCGAGAAGGUGAAAGAGAAGCUGAUUGACCCCGAUGUCACCUCGGAUGACGAGAGCCCUGUGGCAUCGCCCGCUAAGCCAGCGCCUGCAGCAGCCCCGGUGCCUCCCCCGGGAGGGGAGGUGGAGGGGGACAAGCCAUCAGGGGAUGACCACUACUGUGAGAUGCUGUGCUGCACCUUCAAGUACCGGCCCUGGCUGGACCGCCUGAAAAGCUACCAGUUCCCCAGCAGCAUCGACCCACUCACCAAUCUGAUGUAUGUGCUGUGGCUGUUCUUCGUUGUCAUGGCCUGGAACUGGAACUGCUGGUUGAUCCCCGUCCGCUGGGCUUUCCCCUACCAGACCCCAGCAAAUAUCCACUGCUGGCUGCUGGUGGACUACCUGUGCGACCUCAUCUACCUGCUGGACAUCCUCGUUUUCCAGACCCGGCUGCAGUUCGUCCAGGGGGGAGACAUCAUCACUGAUAAAAAGGCCAUGAAAGAGAACUACCUGAGAUCACAACGUUUUAAGAUGGAUGUGCUGUGCCUCCUGCCCCUGGAUUUCUUCUACUUCAAAAUUGGUGUCAACCCACUCCUGCGCUUCCCUCGAUGUCUGAAGUACAUGGCCUUCUUCGAGUUCAACAACCGCCUGGAGGCCAUCCUGACCAAGGCAUACAUCUACAGAGUGAUUCGAACAACUGCCUACUUACUGUACAGCUUGCAUGUGAACUCCUGCCUCUACUACUGGGCCUCAGCUUAUGAAGGACUGGGCUCUACCACCUGGGUCUAUGAUGGGGAAGGAAACAGCUACAUCCGCUGCUACUACUGGGCAGUCAAAACCCUCAUCACCAUCGGGGGCCUGCCAGACCCCAAGACACUGUUUGAGAUUGUCUUCCAGCUGCUGAACUACUUCACAGGCGUCUUUGCUUUCUCUGUCAUGAUAGGGCAGAUGAGAGACGUGGUUGGUGCCGCUACUGCAGGGCAAACUUACUACAGGAGCUGCAUGGACAGUACCAUUAAAUACAUGAACUUCUACAAAAUCCCCAGAACUGUUCAGAACCGGGUGAAAACGUGGUAUGAGUACACGUGGCACUCGCAAGGCAUGCUAGAUGAGUCAGAGCUGCUGGUGCAGCUACCAGACAAGAUGAGGCUGGACAUCGCCAUCGAUGUGAACUACAACAUCGUGAGCAAAGUGGCCCUUUUCCAGGGUUGUGACAGACAGAUGAUCUUUGACAUGCUGAAGCGGCUCAGAUCGGUGGUCUACCUGCCUAAUGACUACGUGUGCAAGAAGGGAGAAAUAGGCCGUGAGAUGUACAUUAUCCAGGCGGGACAAGUGCAGGUGCUGGGGGGACCCGACGGCAAAUCCGUGCUGGUGACUCUGAAAGCUGGAUCCGUGUUUGGAGAAAUCAGCUUGCUGGCGGCAGGAGGGGGAAACCGCCGAACAGCAAACGUCAUAGCUCACGGCUUCGCGAACCUUUUCAUUCUGGAGAAGAAGGACUUGAACGAGAUUUUGGUGCACUAUCCGGAGUCUCAGAAGCUGCUGCGUAAGAAGGCCAAGAAAAUGCUGAAAAGCAACAACAAACCCAAAGAUGAGAAGGGAGGCCCUGGAGACGCGCUGAUCAUUCCCCCAAAAGCUGAGACCCCGAAGCUCUUCAAGGCUGCCCUGGCUGCCACGGGGAGGAUGGGGGGGAAAGGGCCGCUGGGGCGGCUCCGCUGGAGGCUGAGGGAGCUGAAGGAGAUGCAGGCGGCGCAGGGUUCCAGUUUCAGUCCAACCCCACCAAAGUCACCAGUGCACCAGAGAUCGCCUGUCACCUCCCACAAAGGGCAAACCCGCCCAGGAGAAAUAUCCUCAGAAUCUUCUGAUCAUUUAGUCACCGUUCGUGUGAUUCCCACAGCACAAGAAGAUGAGGAAAUCCUCGCUGCUGAGAUUUCAGAGAAAGAAGACAAAGAAAAAGGAGAGAAAUGAAACAGCAGCACGUCCUGGGGCAGGCGUAGGAGUCAGGCAAAUGCCUGGGGUAGCAGAUUUUUGUUGUUAAUGAUUUCCAUGCGGUGGCUGUAGGCUUUGCAAUGUGCUGCGGGUAGGAUCUGCCUCUCUUUUCUGUCCAGACCCUCAUUCCCUGCUGAUAAAACCCUCUGCCAUUUGACCCAGAACCAUACAAGCCUUCCAUGCUCUGCAGAUCAAUAUUUAUUGAGCAUCUUUAUGAAUUUCCCACUAAAUCUCAGGCCAGCCCUCUUGCUUUGAAAUCCAGCUUUAUGGAGGGAGAGCUCUGGAAGAAAUUGCUUUUUAUGGCUCUGGAUGGUUAAUGAGUGUUCGGAUAAAGCGUGAAGAGUUAUUCACCUCUGACAGCUGAGUCACUGCUUGGCCAGAAACAAUCAGGGGGAAAAAAAUAAUAAGGUUUCUCUGUUGGGCUCAAGGUUGACAGCGGCAGUGGAGAGUGAUUCAUCCGGAAAGGAUGCGGACUAUGCUCACAAGCCGAGCGUGGAGCAAAUCACACUGUCACAAGAAUGCCAAGGUCUGUCCCCGAGUGCACAGUCUGCAAGGUACUUGAGGGUCUCUGCGUGGUGCCAAGGCCACCUUGAGUUUGCCACUGGGAAGAGUUCCUGCCAGCAAUCCACCCUGGGAAGGUGGUGGGGCCUCUGUCACUGCAGGGUCUUGUGGAGAGAUUUGAUGAGCAUCUUUCGGGGAUGGAGAAGCACAAUCCUGGAUGUUCCUGGAGUUCCUUUCUAGCCCUGGGUUUCCAUGGGUGCACCAACCUGCCGCUGCUGGGAGAGAUAAACAGAGGGCAGGAAGGGAGAAGCUGAGUUGGUUCCCAGCUGGGAGGGGAAAGAGAAGUGCAGUAAGUUCUCUCCUCUCCCAGACAGUGUUUCAGAGUCAGCUCAGAGUCUGUGCCACACAAGCAACUCUGCACAACCGUGCAGGUGCUCCCCUGCAGUCAUUGCUGGACCUCAGUGAUAUCCACUUUUCCAGCAGCUGAUUUCCAGCCCUUCAGUCACUUG